GGUGGACUCUCCUGGUUUAGACCCAUUUGACUGUUUGCAGUCUGUGAAAUGCUUGGUAAUGUUAACUUCAUUGGGUCCGUGAACCCGUUUGGGAACCAUAGGCACAGGGCCAUUAUAGAAGAAAGUCAGACGUGGUGUGGAUGGUGACUCUUUUCUUUUCACAAUGCUCACAUGGUGGUGAGGUGAUUUCAGAGAAGUGAGUGGGGGUGAUGUCACGGAGCAGGCAGAGUUAGGUCAGCAUCUGCAAUAAAAGACAGGAGCUGCCGCCGUGAAACACUCACAGCAGCUCCAUACUCACAGCAGCUCCACACCCGCCUCCCACCACCACCACGCUCAUCUGCUUCUCCGGGGGAGCUCCAGCUUGAGACAUGGCUGAGGAUGACGUGACUCCAGAGCAGCUCGCAGCCAUUGCCGCCGAGAACGAAGAGCCAGAGCCUGUCAACUACAAGCCCCCCGCCCAAAAGACAGUGCAAGAGAUCCAAGAGCUGGAUAAGGAUGACGACAGCCUUCGUAAAUACAAGGAAACCCUCCUCGGCUCCGGAGCCGUCGACACUGAUCCGAGUCUUCCCAAUGUCCAAGUGACGCAAAUGGCUCUGAUAUGUGAAAGUGCCCCAUAUCCACUGGAGCUGGACUUGCAAGGAGAUUUGGAUGCCCUAAAGAAUGAGGCCUUUAUUCUGAAGGAGGGUGUUGAAUACAAAAUAAAGAUCAGUUUUAAGGUAAACAAGGAGAUCGUUUCGGGUCUGCGAUAUUUGCAGGUGACAUCUAGGAAAGGAAUAAGAGUUGACAGAUCCUGCUACAUGGUGGGCAGCUACGGGCCCCGCCCCUCUGCACAUGAAUUUAUUUCCACGACAGAGGAGGCCCCGAAGGGCAUGCUGGCCCGAGGCCAGUAUGUCAUCAAAUCCAGGUUCAUGGACGACGACAGCUACGACCACCUGUCCUGGGAGUGGAACCUCAACAUCAAGAAAGACUGGGACGACUAAGCGAGGCCUUUUCGGCGGCUGGCGAGUGACAGCAGGCACGCCUGUCCGUACGCGCCCCGCCCAAACCCGCAGUUCACCCUUCUGGUGUUUUUUACCUUCAUGUCAUGUGCUCACGCCUUUUGUCUUCUUAUGGUCCAUCAUAUUCCUUCUCCUGCCUGCGCAUAUUCUCAUUCAUACAGGUCAUUGAAUCCAUCCCAACUGACUAGGUAGGACAGCUCUAGCCUACUGCUGUUCUACCGAGUCAUUGAGCUAUCUUAGGCGUGAUGCCUCUCAUCACUUCACGCUGAAGACUACCUAGGACACCUCAGGAUCAGAGAUGUCCGAUCUAGUCCUCUAGUCCUAGUCCUCUAAUGUAGCUCAAAGACUAGAUAGGACACCUCUAGGCUAUCUAGUUUAUAUCUUAUACGUUUUGCCCCUUAUCCAGGCAAGCUUUAUCAGUUCAUGUUCAAGACUGGAUAGGACAUCUCUGGUCUCGAGAUGUCCUAUCCGUCUUUAUUGUAUCACAAUGCAUGUAUGGAAAGCCAUCUACUCUUUACCACUUCAUGCUCAAAGACUAGAUAGGAGACACCUAGACCAGGGAUGUCCUAUCUAGUCUUUACUGUAUCACCAUCAUUGUGACAGUCCUCAUCAGUUCAUGCUCAAGACGAGAUAGGACACCUCUAGCCUAGAGAUGUCCUAUCUAGUCUUUACUGUACCACAGUUAUUAUGUAAAUCUAUAUGGUCCUCAUCGUUUAGUACUGAAAGUCUAGAUGGGACAUCUGCUCAUCAGGUUUUUGAGCAUGAACUGAUGAACUACAGAUCUCAAAGACUUGAUAGGACAUCUCUAGAGAAGAGGUGUCCCCCCCCCCAUCUGUGUCAUGGGACAAUCCUAGACUAGAAAUGCCCUAUCUAGUCUUUCAGCACAAAGUGAGCAAAUCGCUGGGAAAGUUUCGACUGUCAUCCGUGCUCAAAGACCAGAUAGGAUGGACAUGAACUGACGAAGCGAAAGCCUGAACGCUUCAAUGCUCUUCACGAGCCUCAGUAGCAGCAGAGGUAGCAGCCAUCACAGCAUCCUUGGUCUCCUGCCCAUCGGUUCCCCACGAUGCCGUCUUCCUCUCGGUGUGAAGUACAUGCGGAAAAGCAAGUGUACAAUCAACUUGUGUUUGCCUUUCUAUGUAGUUGUAUCACUGGUUGUGUCACGUGACCGUAUUCACUGGUAACCAGGCCCCACCGCGCCCGGCACCCCCGCAUUCGCCCUUUGCUUUGCUGGCGCUCCUGCUUGUUGCCUUUUCUUCCUCUUCUCCAUCCAUGCUCACGAGAAGCUGCCUUAUUUAUUCUUUCAAGGUGUUUUUGUCACAGCCUGCCUGGACUUGAAGGGCUGACUCUGCCAUCGCCGGCAGCCCUCCUCCUAUGUGGGAACCACACGCCUAACUUAGUGAAUGUUCAUUGGCGAGGAAAGGACGCCUCCAGGCCUUAUCGCCUUCUAGCAUAGCCACAGCGGCAACCAAUGCCUUUAGUUUGCUCCUUUUGCAUUUCGCUGUUAUGCUUUUGCUUUCAUGUACGUGCCCCCUCAAGAUGGUUGUUACAGCUUCAGGAGGGUCAGAUGCAAGACUUAUCACGAUACAGUCGAAAACGCACACGUGCAGUCUACACUGUGUACUUAGUUCCUGCCAGUGGUGUGCUGGCCCAAAUCCAUAGUUUUUUUUCUUUGCCCGCUUUUUUGCCUCCUGUUCACCACCACCCUGCACGGCGUGUUAACACUCAAAUGGCAGCGCCUACUACUAGCGGGAAAUAGCGAGUUAGUAGUGCGGUCGUCAUUUCCGCUAAGUGCGAAACGACCUUAGUUGAUUUGGGACAGCGCUACACUUGAGUACUAGUGCGCUCAGGAACUAAGUACACUGUUUAAUUAUACAUACGCUGAUGAAAAGUGACAGUGUUGGGAUUAACCCCGUGCACACUGCAGCCUACUUUACGAUCCGUUAAAACAGGAACGUAACAGCCUAAAAGAACAUGUACUGUGCUAGGUCAUGUGGAUGGAUGAGCCUUUUGUGUUUUGGUUGUGAAAUGUAUUCCUACGCCUUACAUUCCAUCAUACUGUAAUCGUUUCUAUGAAAUCGCUGGCAUGCUGGUGGGGUUGUACAUGAUAUCAUUUGUAAUCGUUCUGAUUGGUCAAUAAAGUGACAUUUGUCACGUG